GAAUCUGUACUCCCUUCUAACCAAUCAAACGACCACUUCCUGCGAGGGCUAUGGCGCCAAUCUGUAAAUGCAGUUAGAUGGUGACCGCGAUGCUGACGAAUUUCUUCCCAGACGAUCCAGGCAUUUGAUUGUGUUGCUGAUAUAAGGAUGGAAGCCAGCAGAAAUUAUAAAGACUACCACUACAUUUACCAGAACGUACAACAACAAGAUGCCUUAUCUGUCAGUACAGCCAGUUCAUUGCUGCCCUUUGCCCGGACCUCAUCAGGAGCCAGCAGUGAGCCAGAGACAUCUUUUGACAGUGGUUACUUCUCCCCUAGCCAGCCCAACAACUUCACAGCUCUGACCAGUCAGCCACGCGGGACACACCUCAUUCAUCGCAGCCCUGUUAAAACCAGUUCUAGUGUGGUAAACGAUUUGAUGGGGAGGUCACAUUGGUCAGAUGAUCUUGGUGCAGGCGUCGCCGAUGACUGGGAGAAGAAUCUCUUGGAAGUCUUUGAGGAGAAUCUCUUUGGAUUAGAUGCUUCUGAUUUGAACAGUUUGGCAGAGGGCAUUUUCCAGAGCCCCUUCAAAAGUCCUCGCCACAGUCCUUACAAAAGUCCUCGGCAUGGACCCAGUGCUCUUUCUAACCUGAGUCUUAGUCCCUUCAAAAAUGCUUCCCCUGCAGGUCCUAUGCUUCCAGUCUCCAAAAGAAGUCCAGUGCGCUUAGGAGGAAGUCCGUUUAAAAGUCCAUUCUCUAGUCCUAGUUUGUCAAGUCCCCGCAGAGUUGGACUGGGUUCUUCCACAUAUCGGAGCCCCCUAACACGACAGAGAAGACUGAUCUUGCAGAGCCCUGAUCACAAGGAGAAUGCAGCAAACCCCAUGGCAACUAACUUUCUAGAUAUCCCCUCUGACUUGCUGGAAGAUAUUAAAGAGGAUAUAGGGGAUGACCUUGAAGCAGUGCCGUUUCAGAGACAGAAUUCGUUUGGUUUCUUACCAGAUAAUAAUUCCCCCUUGUCGUCUCCACCAUAUUCAGAAGCCUACAGCGGAGCACAGUCUUUCUAUGAAGAAGAGAAUCACCACUGUAACUUGCCUUUGCAGUCUUCUGUCAAGGAGCAACCCUAUGAUCAAACAGAUAUGUCUGGGUUGGUCGAAGAUGGCAAAGAUCCACUCGGCAACGUUUUACACAAGAAGGCACCUUCGACUCAGACCAAGAAGUCCCUUGCUAAUCCCAACCAAAUUUCAGCAAUGCCAUCGAGGGAUGUUCUUCAGUUCAUGCGAGCUCGAUUUCGCCAAGUCUUGGACAAGGCUGUGGAAGAUAUGAAGGUUAGAGAACAAGGCGAGAAGACGGGGCUGAAGAGGACAGCUGAGAAUUAUGAGACCACAAAGGAUGCAGUGAAGCCGUGGCAAGGUGAUGACUGUGAUGCUCAUGUCUAUACUGAGCUGCACAGAUUUGCCGGAUCUUACAGUCAACGUCCGUCGGGCAAGAAACGGCUAGAGAUCAGACCCAAACCUGAGAUGGGUUUGCCAGUGAAAGAACCUUGCAUGAUUCCACUUAAAAACUUGAAAAAGAGAAAACAUUAGUAAAUUCAAUCAAUGCUUGCUGUGAUGAACAAUAUUUGCAUGAAGUAGCUUACAUGAGUUUAAAUCUAUAAAUGUGUGGAUGAGCUUGGUUGUACAAUUUACAUAAACUAUCUUUAUCUGCUCCAGAAUGUGUGUGCAAGUAGAUAGCAUGCUUUUUUUCCCCUUAAUUUUACUGCUGUUGAUUAUUUCAUGUGCAAUUGUUUGUCCCCUGCCCUGUAAGUCUAGAUGAGUUUCAGUAGUGCUAAUACUUGCUAGUUUUAUCACAUCAUUUGAGACAAAAGCCUUCAAUAGCAAUGGUAAGCGUUGCUUAGGAGCAGUAAGAUGUGUAGUCUUAAAUAGAGGUCCUGCUUUUAGAACAAUUACUUUAAUGCGAAGCAGAUUAGUCUUCUUUAUUUUUUGGCCUAGAAUAUGUUCUCUGCUGGUCCAACAUUAGCAGGAUUUCUCUACUGAUUCAUCUUUGAUAUUUUUAAGUAUGUUUGGCAUGUACAUUGUUCAUGGGGGAGCUUUACUCUCCUUUUUGCUUUUUAUAAAUUAAUUUGACAUAGCGUAUGUUCCUUUAUUAGUCACCUUUGCAGAUUAUGAUCACUUAUUUUGAGACAACCUAUCAGAAUAGUUUUUCUUUAGAGGUGGGGGGGGGUUAGCUGGGGAGAUGCUCAUCUUACUUUAUUGUAAAGGUCAAAAGUGAAAGGCAAGUCUUUCUGUCUUUUAUCUGUGAUGUAGUUUAAAUGUGUGAGAAGAAUGGCUGUUGAAUUAUUUUUCAUUCAGCUGAAAUGUGUAUUGUCAAGUGUGCAAAACUAGUAGCUUCUGAGUCAUGUAUAAAGAAUGGAGCAGUCUGUCUUUGACAAACAGAAAAACCACUUUUGAGACGUGCCUUUUGGGUGUUGACCUCAGUCUAACUCUAUCAAAACUAUAUACAUUAAUUUGAGAUGCUGAAUAUAAUUUAAAUUUACCUGUUAUGCAUGUUGUGACCUCCCUUUUGAUGAAGGUUAUGGGGUGGGGGUUAUAAGACUGCAGAUACAGGGUAUUUUAAUGUGUAAUGUUCUUGACUAAUUCUUACAGCUUAGAACUUCAAAUGAAGUUAAACAAAAUCCCAGUAAUUCACAAAAAAGCACUUCAAAGUAUGGUUGAAUAAAUCUUUGUAUUGGGUUUCAUAAAUUAUUGUACUCUGUUACUGAUUGAAACCACUAGUUAGGUUUAUAGCUGAAUUUGAAGUACAAAUUACUGUAAAACAUGCAGAUGGCUGCAAAACAUUGAUUUGUUUCAGUCGCAUCUAUGGAGAUUAAAUGGCUGCUUUUGUAUUUUGAUCUAAUCAUGCACAUAUUAUCAAGCAUUGCUAAAUCCUGCAGUAAGGAAAUUAUGUACUGCAGAUUGUUAGUGAUGGAAGUGGGUGGGGUUUUUUUCCCCCCUCCUCUGAGCUUAGUUGUGUAUCUUGUAAAUGUAAGUGAAAGGAAAUAGACGAUAUAAGAAUCUUACAUGGUUGCUUUUUUAUAAAAUGAUUUACCAUGUUGGUCACAGUCGUUCCCACGUUCAUUGCUAAACUGUCUUCUGUCCAUCAGUCUCCCCAAACUUUGUUCAAACAAAGAGCAUUUGUGUGGAUCAUUGUACUAAUCUGGUAAACAUUAAACCUUGGCUACUUGUGCAUGUAUGAUUUGAAUAGUAGCACAUUCUGGCUUAUAGCUUCAUGUAUAAAUGUUUAAAUGAAAAAUUAUUUUCAGUUGGCAGGUUUUAGUUUGUUACAAUGUAGUGAUUUCCAAAAGAAUUUUGAAAAUAACUUGUGUUUAUUAAAUGCAGGACCUUUAACUUUCACAUUUAUAUUCUUUAAUUGAAAAAAGGGCCAAACCCAGUUUCAAGAUGUAUUUUGUGUGAGCUGGCUGUUGUAACAGUACUUCAUAAAUCUUAUGAAUUGCCUGUACCAUUGAAAAAGUACACUCAGUCAUCAAGAAGGUUAUCUUUGAAUAUAGGAUUAAUUAAUGUAUGCCUUCCCUUAAAAACUUCACAAAUUUUUAAACAAAAUGAACAUUUUUUUUUUUGUGGAAAGUAUCAGCACAUUUACUUGUGAAAUCUAUGACAAGCACUCGGUUUUAAUUCUUAUGUAUUUGACAUGAGCUUGAUGUGGCAAUAGUAGGAAAAAUGCAUGCAAAUAAUUUUUUGCCUAAGGUUAUUAGCAGUUGAGAGUUGAUCUUUUCACUCCCCUAACCACCUUGGUACCAAAGGAGUUCAGUCCAGAAUGUUACAAAUAAUGCCCUCCUUAGUCAGCAUUUUUCAUAUAUGUGGUAAUGUAUUAUCGUAAGCCUAUACUAUACAUGGUUGAAAGUUGUCAAACCAUCUUCAUACAACAGCUAUAUCAAACACUUGCAUUCUAUAAAAAGCACUCUUGCCAUAGUUAUUUUUUAAAUUGUGUGUGCGUUUGUUUUGACAAACAUACAUUUCUAGACAGUUUGGCCACAAAAGUAAACGCUGCUGUAAAAAUGUAUUAGAGGUGAAGUUUAUGAGAUUCAGCUGAUAUUUUAAAAUGUUUAUUGCUUUGUGUUGGGAGUUUUAUGGUAAUCAUGGUAUUGUAAUCAUGCAAUAUUAAUUGAUGCAAUUUUGUAAUAGAUCGACGCAUGCAUACACUGGCUGCUUUUUCUAAAAGAAAUUUAUAUAAUUAUUGUACUAAUAGCCAUUUGAAUAAGAAUUUUAUCUUGUAGUUUUAGAAAAGAGCUUUGAGAGAGGAAGGCGUUAGGUGAAAUGCCAGCAACAUCAAAUAUUUUCUGCACAGAAGUGAAGCAAGAGAGAGAGGCACAUGCUAAAGACCUGUAGUUUUUUAAAAGAAGCAGCCAUGCAACAAAUCAAAGGAAAAACUUGAUGCAUUAGUGGAUAGUGAGAGACUAACUGGUGUGGCGAAAGCUUUUGGCACACCUUGUUGGCAAGAGCUCAUCUUUUCAUAACACCUAUGGCAAAACUAAAUAUUUUGUUAUAACCCUUUCUGUGUUCUAUAGAUUUUUGUGAUGUUUAUUUAUUGUAUAUUCCAUGUUGAUUGUUGGGAAGUUGCAAGCUCAGUAUUGACAAGAUAGUCUUGGGUGUAAGAUGCUGGGUUGGUAACUUGUGCUAGAGUUUCCUCAAGUGCCAUUAGGAACUGGUGUUUUUAUGCAUCAUGGUUUGUACAGUCACUGAACCUUCCCUCCCCCCACCCUAAUUCUUUGGUUUUUGAUCAUUUUUACUGAGGAUGCUAGGCCCACUACACGUCAGCAAGCAUUGAUCAAACAUAAUUUUUCAGUUAGUUUACAGAUUUUUAUAUUCUGACCAAGUGGACACUUAUUGCAGCUGAUUACUUUGUUUUGUGAAUGCAGCUCACUUUGCCUUGACUUCACCAUCUGCUUUGGAAAUUGUUGCAAUUGUUUACAGCUUGUGGUUCUUCCUGAGUGUAUGGUUUCGUACUGAUGGUUUGAAGACUGGGGAACUUUGAUUAUAGUUCUUCCCUUGUGAAGAGCGGCUAGAUAUUGCACUGUGUUAUUUUUUCCGGUUAGAUCUAGCCUAGAACUUCAGUGCAUGAACUACACGAGUGCAAGGGAAUGAAAAAAGUUAAAAACCUUUUUGUGAUGUGGCUGGUAAAUUUUGUUCAGCUUACUUUCAUGUUUGACUAAGAUUAAGUUCUUAAAAGGCAUAACAUGUAAUUUCAUAAUUUAUGCAUCGCUCAUAAUUUCUUUAAUAUCAAAAAUAUGCUUCUUUGUUUGUGACAACUGUUAACUGUCAAAAGAUUUUUAGAACUCCAGCUGUUUGUACUACUCCAGAAAAGAAUUAUCUUGAUCAAAGGAUUGAGAUGCAAUGGUUGUGUGUUGUUUUUUGUAUAUAUUUUUGUGACUGCUCUUGUUUACCACCAGCUAAAUAAAAAAACUGCUGUGGAAAAAUGUGGGCACACUUGCUUCAGCUAAGAUUUGUGCAAGCUGUAAACAGUUAAGCAAUUUGUCUUCAGAAUUUGAGCAGAAAGUGUCUUGUUUUGCUUGUGAACUGUCAUUCCUUGUGGAAUUGCAAUUGAUGUGAUUUGGCUACUCAAGUUUUUAAAAAAUAUGGACAUACUUUGUUUUUUCAAACUAUACCCUGUGGGGGCAGGGUUGAAGAUGGCCUUUCGAAAACCUGAUAAUGGAGUAAAUACAAAAAUUGUUAAUAUGGUCUUGUAAGCUUCAGUACUAAUUUAUUCAUCUUUUGUUUUGGUCAUUGUUGUCUGUGUGUACAAAAAGCAUCAGAAGACUUGAUGGAAUAAACUGAAAGAAACUUGUCCUUA